AUUUUGGAUUGGUCGAGUGGCUGUGGGGUUUGGCAAAUUCGAAAAUCAGCGGCGGACGGCAGCGACGACGGCGACGAUGAACAAGGUCCAGAAGCCCAUGACGCAGCCGAUCAACUUGAUCUUCCGCUUCCUCCAGAACAAAGCGCGGGUCCAGAUCUGGCUGUACGAGCAGGUCAACACGCGCAUCGAGGGCCGCAUCAUGGGUUUUGACGAGUACAUGAACCUGGUGCUGGACGACGCCGAGGAGCUCGACGUGAAGAACCUCAAGCGCACGCCCCUCGGCCGCAUCCUGCUCAAGGGCGAUACCAUCACGCUCAUGAUGGCGGCCGACGGCGCCAACUAACAACCUUCUCCGCCCAUUAUUCCUAAGUACUACCUCUAUUGUCUCGAU